CGUCCGAGCGAGUCUCGGAUUUGUGGCUCAAAGUUGCUCCGGUCUGAGGAUGUUGUGCGCGCCGCCGCCGCUGCUGCUGCUGCUGCUGCUGCCCGCUCUGGCCUGUGUUGCCCAAGGGCAGCUCGGCAGGGAGCGAGUCUACUACGUUGGUAUCACGGAGGAGCGGUGGGACUACGCUCCGAGCGGAAAGAACCUGCUGACCUCCGUCGACAUCGACGAUGAUGAAAACGCCGCUGAGUUUCUCCAGAACGGACCGGCGCGGAUCGGCCGCGUGUACAUGAAGGCCAUGUACCGAGAGUUCACGGACGGCACCUUCAGAACCCGAGCGCCUCGACCCGCCUGGCUGGGCUACCUGGGUCCAGUGCUGAGAGCCGAGGUGGAUGAUGUCAUCGUGGUCCACGUGAAGAACUUUGCCUCCAGGAACUACUCCGUGCACCCCCACGGAGUCUUCUACGAGAAGAACAGUGAAGGAGCUCUGUAUCCCGAUGGGACCCCAAAAGAACUCAAGCAGGACGACUCGGUUCCGCCGGGAGGGACGUACACCUACCGCUGGGAGGUGCGGCCGGAGUUCGCCCCCACAGGGGACGACGACAACUGCCUGACCUGGGUGUACCACUCUCACCUGGACGCCCCGCGGGACAUCGCCUCCGGCCUCAUCGGGGCGCUGCUCACCUGCAAGAAAGGAGUCUUGCGACGAGCCGGCGAGCAAGCGUCCGUGCUGCCGGGCCGCGUCACCGAGUCGGGACGGACGGACGUGGACCAGGACGUCUUCCUGAUGUUCAGCGUGGUGGAUGAGAACGCCAGCUGGUACCUGGAGGAGAACAUCCAGGGCUGCACUGAUCCCGCCAGCGUGGACCGAGAGGACCCGGAUUUUCAGGAGUCAAACCUCAUGCAUGCUAUCAACGGCUACGUGUUUGGAAACCUGCCAGACAUCGCGCUGUGCCAGGACCGGCCCGUGGCCUGGCACCUGUUUGGGAUGGGCAACGAGGUGGACAUCCACUCGGCCUUCUUCCACGGACACACGCUUCUGGACCGCGGCCACCGCACCGACGUCCUCAGCCUCUUCCCAGCCACCUUCGCCACGGCCCAGAUGAUUCCCAGGAAGAGCGGAAAGUGGCUGUUAACCUGCCAAGUUAAUGACCAUCUGAAAGCUGGGAUGCAGGCCUUUUAUCAGGUGCAGUCCUGCGAUAAGAAGUCCACCUCCACAUCAUCAGGCGGAACAGUGAGGAGUUAUUACCUGGCAGCUGAGAAGCUGCUGUGGGACUAUGCUCCGUCUGGAAAAGACCUUAUCAGAAACGGCUCUCUCACUGAACCCGGAAGCGCCUCCGAGGUGUUUUUCAGCUCUGACGGAGGCAAGAUCGGCGGCCGCUACCAUAAAGUGGUGUACCGGGAGUACACAGACCAGAGUUUCAGCUCGCCCAAGGCACCGGCGCCGGAGCACCUGGGACUAUUAGGUCCGGUGCUGAGGGCCGAAGAGGGCGACACGGUGAGCGUGACCUUCCGGAACAAGGCGGACCGGAACUACAGCGUCCAGCCUCACGGCCUGCACUACGACAAGCGCUUCCAGGGCAGCAGCUACCACGACGGCGCAGACAAGCCCGGCUCCCACGUGGCUCCGGGCCAAACCUUCACCUACACCUGGCAGGUCCUGGAAGGUCCGUCCUCAUCGGACCCCCCCUGUAUCCCCUACCUGUACUACUCUGCCACCCAGUCCGAUAUGGACACCAACUCGGGGCUGAUUGGACCUCUGCUGGUCUGCAAGAGAGGAGUGCUGGCCAAGAGCGGACGAGAGGAGGGUGUGGACCGAGAGUUCUUCCUGCUCUUCUCUGUCAUGGACGAAAACCAGAGCUGGUAUCUGGACGAGAACAUGGAGGCCUUCGGGGGGAACGAUUCAGAUGCCGACUUUGAGGAGAGCAACAAGAUGCACGCCGUGAACGGACGGAUGUACGGAAACCUGCCCGGGCUGGACAUGUGCGUCGACGACAACGUCAGGUGGUACGUCUUCGGGCUCGGCACCGAGACGGACAUCCACGGGGUGCACUUCGAGGGCAACACCUUCACCCGCCAGAGCACCACCCGGGACACGGUCAACGUCUUCCCACACACCAGCGCCGCCGUCGCCAUGCGGCCCAGGAACCGCGGGCUCUUCCAGGUGAGCUGCAGAGUCACUGACCACUUCUCCGGCGGCAUGAGGCACCAGUACCGAGUGCGGCGCUGCUCCGAGGCUCGGCCCAGGAGCCGUCCGCCUCCCACUCGGACCGUGGAGUACUUCAUCAGUGCGGAGGAGGUGGAGUGGGACUACUCGCCGAGCCGAGGGUGGGAGCUGGAGAAACUCCACGCCACGCUGCAGGACAGUCCAGGAAACGUGUUCCUGGCUCAGGGGCGGAACAGGAUCGGCUCGCGCUACAAGAAGGCCGUCUUCCGGGAAUACUCGGACAAGGACUUCACGGUGAAGAAGGAGCGGCCGGCGAGCCAGCGCCACCUGGGGAUCAUGGGUCCCAUGAUCAAAGCCGAGGUCGGGGAGCGGAUCCAGAUCACCUUCAGGAACAAGGCCAGUCGGCCGUUUUCCAUCGCGGCGCACGGCGUUGUCAACGACGCCGCUCACAUCCCAGUCGAACCAGGGAAGUUGAUAGAGCUGACGUGGGACGUGCCCCCGAGCUCUGGUCCCGGCCCGUCUGACCCUAACUGCAUCUCCUACGCCUACUUCUCCGACGUGGACUUCAUCAAGGACCUGUACAGCGGGCUGGUGGGGCCUCUGCUGGUCUGCAGGCCCGGCACGCUGCGCGGCAGCGGCUCGGACCGGAGGCGGCACGACGUGGACCAGGAGUUCGCGCUUCUCUUCAUGGUCCUUGAUGAGAACCAGUCCUGGUACCUGGACGAGAACGUUAGGACCUACAUUGGUCGUGAAGACUUCGAGCGGGACGAGGAGUUCGAGGAGAGCAACAUGAUGCACGGCAUCAACGGCUGGCUGUACGGGAACCUGCGAGGGCUGGAGAUGACUCAGGGUCAGACGGUCAACUGGUACCUGCUGGGCAUGGGCAACGAGGUGGACAUGCACACGGUCCACUUCCACGCAGAGACCUUCACCUACAAGACGGACCGCGUCCACCGAGCCGACGUCUUCGACCUCUUCCCCGGGACCUUCCAGACGGUGGAGAUGGUGGCUGGAACCCCCGGCACCUGGCUGCUGCACUGCCACGUGACCGACCACAUCCACGCCGGCAUGGAGACCACCUUCACCAUCAAAGCUGCAAACAGCUCCACGCCAGCUUUGAGGAGUGGGUCGAGUGAGAUGCUGCUGCUGCUGCUGCUGCUGCUCUGCUGCCUCCUCUGACCGCCGCCGUCGUCGCCGCUCUCACGAACACUGUACUUAGCUGUGGUAGCCUGCGUUGGAGCCUCGUCGUGGCGCCCUCGGACGGACGGACACUCCCGAUCCGUGUCAUGUGUCUGCUCCUGCUAUGUUGCACUUUCUCCGUCAGGUGGCGCCAAACCCAAGUUACUGCCGUGCAACACAAACUUGUUGUUGACCUGAAGGUGAAUAUCGUGUCUUUGUCUGCUCAAUGAUUGAAAUAAAGUUGAUGUGUGGA